AUGGGUUCCAUAGCAAAGGAAGUACAGCCAUCGACAAAGGUUGAGAAGCCAACCUUCUCAUCCAAAGCAAAUACACUUGAAUUUGCGCAAUCACUUGAUGCUAAAGAUCAUAUGCGAAGAUUUCGCGAUCAAUUCAUUAUUCCAUCAAAAGCCAACAUUAAAACAAAGAAGCUUGCAAAACCAGGUCUUUCCGAUGAAUCAUCCAUAUAUUUCUGUGGAAAUAGUUUAGGUCUCCAACCUAAAUGUGUUCAAGAGUAUCUUCAAGCUCAUCUUGAUACCUGGUCUUCCAUUGCUGUCCACGGUCAUUUCCGUGAUUUGGAAGAUUCUCCUCUAACACAAUGGCAAUUACUCGCUGAACAUACUUCUAAGCAAUGUGCACCCAUUGUAGGAGCCAAGGCUUCCGAAGUUGCGAUCAUGGGUACUUUGACUACGAAUUUGCAUUUAUUGAUGGCUUCUUUUUACACACCCACUCCGGAAAAGAGUAAGAUUAUUAUGGAAUGGAAAGCAUUCCCCAGUGAUCACUAUGCUAUCGAGUCACAAAUUAGAGGACAUGGAUAUAAUCCCGAAGAAGCUAUGGUAAUGAUUGCACCAGAUGAGGGAAGCUAUGAGAUUUCUACUGAGAAAAUCCUCCGUACAAUUGACGAGCAUGCAUCUACUACCGCUCUUCUUCUCUUACCCGGUAUUCAAUACUACACCGGACAACUUUUCGAUAUCAAGACUAUUACAGCAUAUGCACAAUCGAAGGGAUUGAUGGUAGGAUGGGAUCUAGCACAUGCAGCUGGAAACGUCCCACUACAACUUCAUGAUUGGAAUGUCGAUUUUGCGGUUUGGUGUACGUAUAAGUACAUGAAUGCCGGACCUGGAAGUAUCGCAGGUGCAUAUGUGCAUGAGAGACAUGGAGAGGUGGAUUAUAGUGAAGGAGAAGAGAACCCAAAGUACAGACAUAGAUUAAUGGGAUGGUAUGGAGGAGAUCAAAGUUGUCGAUUCUUGAUGAACAACAAAUUCCGUCCCUCUCCCGGUGCCUCCGGCUACCAAGUCAGCAAUCCGUCAGUCGUUGAUCUCACCUCUCUCUGCGCCGCCCUUUCAAUCUUCAACCAGACAUCCAUGGCUGAGAUCUCUCAAAAAACUCUCCACCUAACCGCCUACCUCGAACAUCUCCUCUUAUCAACCAAUACCUCAGAUUCCCCCGCUUUCCGCAUCAUCACUCCUUCCGACCCUUCAGCAAGAGGAACACAACUUAGCGUUCUGUUAAAACCUGGACGUUUGGAAACUCUCUCAGACAUGCUCGAAGACGCAGGUAUUGUUGCCGAUAAGAGAAAACCAGAUGUCAUUCGUGUGGCGCCUGUACCACUCUACAAUACAUAUGAGGAUGUAUGGAACUUUGUACAGAUUUUUAACAAGGCUUUGGAGAAAUGUGAAAAGGCUUAA